CGGGUACUGUGCGGAAAUACUACACCCCGGCAUUCCGCUGCCCACGUUCCUGUGUCCCACAUACUGCACCGCGGACCCUCGAUUCUCAAAGCCUGGUCCAGGUCCGCUGCCAAUCGCCCAUCCACCAACCACCUUCCCUGUAUCUCUCCGAGGAGGGAGCAAACACGCAUUUCUCGGCUUCAACGUUUACUGCAUUCCUGCACCGCCUUCACCACAUAUCGUUACCUGUUGAACCCCUGGAAUGAAGCCGUUGAAUUGCGUUCAGUGUCCCCUCCCCCGAAUCAUCCUCGUACUCAUCACCUUGCUUGUUGCCUCGCUCCCGUCGACUGGUGGACGUGCAAACAGCUCCGGUCAAGGAUCAGACGCCUCUGGCAUGCGGCAGGACGCCAGGGCAGGACGCCAACAGGUCACCCCCUCGUUCGGAACCCAUCCCCGACCGCGCCAUGCUUGGUUCUGAUCCGCUCCCUGGGCCCGGCCGGCGUGUUUUCCCAAGGGAUUUGGCAACGGGAUUUGGGCCCAGACAGGGGUGAAAAAAAGUGA